CGCACCAAAACAAAAGCUAAAAAAACAACAAAGAAGCAGAGCGAAAAACUUUUUCAUAGCAAAUGGAGCCUUAAAGAAAAUGAAAAUUCAAUUUAACAAUAAAUAUUAAAAUGAAGCUCUUCAAAUUAAACACGCACACGAGGGGCUGCAAUAAGUCAUACGAUGCCGACUUGGUGCUGAAUCCACAGGAUCAUCCAACGGCCAAAGUUGGCGAUGUAGUAGAGAUCUAUGCACCGGAUGAUGAGAACGGCACCCAUUUGUUGCUACAAAUAACCGAAUUGAACGAGCAGAGCAAAACGGGGCGCAAUGUGAUAAGCAUAGAGUCGUGCAUAGCCAUAGCUUUCAAGAUGCGCUCCUAUUCCAAUGUCGUAAUGCGCAUUGUGAAUCCCGCGGACGUUGCCCUCGACUCCAUAGAGAUUACCUUUAAGGAUCAGUACAUGGGCCGCUCGGAAAUGUGGCGACUGAAGACUUAUCUGACAAAUACCUGUGUGUACGUGAACAAAAAGAUCGACUACAAUGACAUGCAGAUACGCUGCCAGGUCUAUGAGAUGUGGUCGCAGGGCGAGCGCGUCGCCAGUGGCGUCAUCACAGACGACACCAAGAUCGUGUUCCGCAGCAGCACCUCGAUGGUUUAUCUCUUUCUGCAAAUGUCUUCGGAAAUGUGGGACUUUGAUAUACACGGCGAUCUGUACUUUGAGAAGGCUGUCAACGGCUUUCUCACAGAGCUCUUUCAGAAGUGGAAGAAGCUGGGCUGCAAUCACGAGGUGACCAUUGUACUUUUCUCGCGCACCUUCUAUGCGGCCAAGAGCCUGGAUGAGUUUCCCCCGCAUAUGCGUGACUGCCUGCAGCAGGACUACAAGGGUCGCUACUACGAGGACUUUUACCGCGUCGCCAUACAGAACGAGCGUAACGAUGAUUGGUGCACGGUGCUAGCGCAGCUGCGCAAGCUCUUCACUUCCUAUCAGGAGACGGUGCUGCGCUAUCAUGAGCGCCAGAAUAUGCGCAUACCUCUGGCUACGAACUCAACGGCCACGCAAGGCAACUUUCUGGAAGUGCUCAAUAUAUCGUUGAAUACUUUUGAGAAGCAUUAUCUGGAUCGCACCUUCGAUCGCACCGGCCAACUGUCCGUCGUGAUUACGCCCGGCGUGGGCGUUUUCUCCGUGGACCGAGAGCUAACCAACAUAACCAAACAGCGCAUCAUCGACAAUGGCGUCGGCAGCGAUCUGGUGUGCGUGGGUGAGCAGCCGCUGCAUGCUGUGCCGCUCCUUAAAUUCCACAACAAGGACACAACGCUGACCUCGGCGGAUGACUACUCGCUGCCGCAUUGGAUCAACCUGAGUUUCUACUCCACCAACAAGAAGAUUGCCUAUUCCAGUUUUAUUCCACGCAUUAAGCUGCCGCUUCUGUCUGUUGUCGAUGAGACCGAUGUGGAGGAGAAUGAACGCAACUUUCUAAGCUGCAAUCAGUCGGAGUACAUACACAACUCCCUCUUCGACUAUGAUGCAUACGAUGAGCAAAUCUUUCAGCCGCUGCCCGCGCAGAGCACAUGCUCCCUGCAGCGCGUGGUGCGCGCCAAGAAGACAUCGGUGCCCAGCUUUGAGACAUAUGCAUAUCGCAACAAUGACUGGGAGAAUCUGACGCCCACUAAGAUACCCAGUUUGCGGCGCAAAAUGUCCGAUCCGGACAUACAUCACGGCACCUCGGGCAUGCUGGCCACGCUGACAGACACCGCCAACUUGUCCGAGUCGCUGGCCUCAGAGAAGAAUGCACGGCGAGCCAUUGUCAGCAUUGCGCCAAUUGUGCGUCCGGGCCGGGCGCUCAUCAAUCCCUUUGAUCCCUCACAUGUGACCAUCAAGUUGACCUCCAAUCGACGUCGUUGGACGCACAUCUUUCCCAAGGGACCGACCGGCGUGCUGAUACAGCAGCAUCAUUAUCAAGCGGUGCCCGCCAAGGCUGUGCCCGCGGUCAGCUACAAUCGCCAGCUGCAGCACUCCAACAGCAGCAACAGCAACAACAACAAUAAUAAUAAUGAUCAGGAGGAGCAAUAUGAUCAGUUGUCGAAUCACUCACUGAUCAGCCAGAGCAAGUCGUUCAGCUCGCAAAACUUUGCCAUGGGCGAGGAGAAAUCCGAUUUUUUCAAGAGGCGCAACACUUCGCUCGUGAAUGCCGCGACCGCUGCCAAUGUGCCCAAUCUGACUGCCACCCAGGCCAAGUCUUAUCUGUGGGGUGCCACAGGGGAGCAGGAAUGGACGCCAGCAAUUACCACGGAAAACGGGACUGCGCUAAAUUUUGGGAAUACGACAGGCAAACAUAUGAAACCAAUUGUCGAAAGUGAACAUAAUAAUUUUGGAAGAUCACGGCUUGAGGCUACAACAGAGGCGGUCGGCAAAGGAAAAAUCAUCAUAGGCGUCGACUGGAAAUCCCUGUCCAUACCCGCCUGUCUGCCCAUCACCACGGACUAUUUUCCGGACAAGCGUUCGCUGCACAAUGACUAUGUCAUCUCGGACUAUACGCUGCUGCCGGAUGAUGUGAAUCUGGACUAUGCCAAGAGUCGCGCCGUCUACCGCAAGCCCCUGUCCACGGAAGAGGUGUGCAAGGAGAUUGUCUCACAACGUCUGGCCCAGGGCUUUCAGCUGAUUGUCGUCGAGGAGAAACAGCCCAGCUCCACCAGCUGCUGCUCAGCCAGCGGCAGCUGUGCUCCUGGCAGCAAUCAAACCACAUCCGCAGUGCUGCCGGUGAAGACGUCCUGCGAAUUGAACAGGGAGUAUCUGUUGUCGAUUGGUCGCAUCUUUCACAAGAUCUCGCUGAGCGGUUCGGUUAUCACUGUAACUGGCUACAGGCCCAGGCAUCCCUAUCCACCCAUCAAUGUGGAUUACCGCUAUCGUUUCCAUGCGCCACAGCAUGAGACCUAUGAGAUCUCUGGCGUUAAUUUCACGACGGAAAAGUUGGAGAACUUUAGCUGGAAUCACAUGGAUCUAUAUAUAUGCACGCGCGGCGAUGUCGACUAUCCACUUAUGGAGAGCCUCAAGUACUGGCGUUUUCGCAUGUAUCUGCUGCCACGCGAGAGCAUGGUCAAUAAGAUCGUCAGCUUCGGCUGUCAGCGAUGCGAUAUCUUCACGGAUGCCGUGGUGGACAAUACGCGCGAGCAGAUUGAGGAUUUCAUUCGGCUAAUCGAGAAUGUCAGCAAAUUAAAGCGGCAGAUUUGCCGCAAAGCGCGCGAUAGCCCGACCACCCACAGCCUAACCAAGCGACGACACAGUACGAGCAUUAUAUCCAGGCCUCUCAACCAGCAGCAUGACACACCCACACCUAGAAUCACUGAAAAGAAUCAUAAUCUAUUAAACCCACCACAGCAAAGCAUCAAUGCACGCCCGAAGCCGGACCCGAGUCGCAUUUCACGCAUCCUUCCCGGCACGGAUGCGGCAACAGCUGCAGCUGCAGCCUCGGCAGUUGUGCCACGUGACGAUCAGGAUGAUGGCUUCCCCGUGGACAUCAAAUUCAGCGCAAAUGCAACGCUCGCGGAGAUGUUUGAGGCCAUGAAGCAUCCAGUUAACGGCGUUGGCUUUUUCACACAAACCCAAUCGUUGCCCUCCUGCACCUUCAUCUCCUACGAUGCGCUGAUGUGGUUGAAGGCGCGUCUGACCAAUGGUCGCCAUCCGUUGGAUCUGCUGGAGGCCAUGCGGAAGGAGCGCAUGAUUUGCCACGCCUCCGGCGACUGGAAUCAGCCCAUUGUGCCUGGCUUUGUCUUCUACUAUGUGGUGCAGCAGGACAGGAAUGCCAAGGAUUACGCGCCGCCGCUCAACGAUUACAGCGCCUUUGUCAACGAGUGGCUGGAGAUUGAGCUGCAGGGCUGCAGCUUUCUGUGGCACGACGAGCCGGCGCCCACAAAUGUGCCGAACUUUUUGCGGGAGACGCCCGCCCCGCAAUCCUGGCGGGAAUACUGCAAGAGCAAACGCGUUUGUCGCAAGUCGCAUUUGGAGAUUGAUGUCAAUCAGAAGAGCGAUCGCAUGGAGUGGGGUCAUGUGAAGCAUCACACGGUCAUGCAGCCAGGAUUUGCCUUUGAGCUGGUCGUUGAAUGGGUCACCUCGUCAGGACCCAUUGUGUCAGACUUGAUCUCGGGCUGGAUGCGCAAGGCGAAUCAUUGUGGCUAUCAGCUGGUCUCCGUACCGGCUGAUCCCAUGGCCGAGCCAUUUACAGAGAAGUCGGAUCCGUUGCGUGGUCCCAUAUUCAUUCCACUGUGCGUCACCUUUUUGCCAAAUGGAGCCGCCCUCUUUGAUGAAUUCCCCGAGGACAGCCGUGCAGAUCGCAUGCUCUUCCUGCAGGAGGCAAUUUUGGCCAGAUUUGGUUUUAUGCCCUGUGUGCUUGAGGAGAAGUUCACCCAAAAGAAAGACCUGCCCAAGGAAUACCAGUACGUGCAUUGCACUGGCAAUAUGUUCGCCCUCAUACGCUGUGCCAGCAACAAAUUUCAGGUGGAGUCACCAAGUCGCCAGGAGGCGAACGUCACCCGCUGCGUUUAUGGGCAUACGAAUAAUACGAAUGUGCCCAAGAAAGUGGGCUUCCUCUGGGCCUGGAAUCAUAUGAUACCCAACAAAAAGUGGAAAGCAUUGACCAUCAACAACUCCGCCGAUGGUGAGCUUUUUCAGCUGAAAAUGUUGAAGGAUUUCCGUGAGUUCUGCUCGAACAGUGAUCAGCGUUUGGCCAACUUCUGGGCACAUUCACAGGAGCUCAAACGCAAGUCUCUUAAAUUUGAAUACAAUAAUAACAACAACGAUGAACCAAAAAUUAUAUAACAUUUGUUCCAGACGUAGUUUAAAGAUUAUUAAAGAUUUUAAUGUUCUCAUUAA